AUGAAGGGCUUCCUCUUCGCUGGUAUCAUCGUCGUGCUCACGGUUGCAGCUAAUACACUGCACUGUGUACAGUGUAAUUCAUUGAAAGAUAGCUGUGAUGCAAAAAAUGCCACGGUGUGUCCCUCAAAUGCUAACAUCAGCUGUACAAGUUUCUCAACCAACUUUUCUGACGGAGAAAACUCCAUAUGGUAUGAGGAUCAUGCCUGCUCUGCAGAGAACUGCAGUGAGACCACGGUCCAGCCUUUCACGGUCUUGGUAUCUGAAAAAGAAAUCUUCCACUUUGAAAGCCAGUGUUGCCUAGGAGAAGCAUGCAAUCAAACCGGUGAUACCACUGUUCCUCCACAGUCCGGCAACAUAGAGUGCCCUGCAUGUUAUGGAAAUAAUGAAACUUCCUGUAAUGAAACCCGGAAAUGUUAUGGAGAAAGAUGUGUCAGUAUAAUCGCAGAAUUUAUAAAUGAGACGACAACACUGGUGCUGAAAGGUUGCUCCAAUGUCAGCAGCUCCACCUGUGAGUUCCUGGGUGUUGCAAAUCAGACGUUCAGAGGAAUCACUUUCCGAAAGUUUGAGUGUGGAGCCAAAUCCAGCACACCAGCAUCCACUUCCCCUGCCCCGACCACCUCUGACACUGUUGCUCAAGCCUCCUUCACACCCUUGGCCCUUGCCAGCAUCCUCCUGCUAAGCCUGCUGCUCUGA